AUGUUCAAAGAGUUUUUGCUGCUGGAUGUAUUAUACGAUGAGUUAUUGAAUUCACAAACGAAUAAAGUAUCGUUGAUUAGAUUACGAACUGGGUUCAACGAUCAUAAGAUACACAAGUUUACUCGCAUGGAAGAUAUCAAGAUCAACGAAAUUCUGGAUAUGAUAAAAGAGAUGUUCCCGAACCAGACAAGUUUGAACGAUGGACAGAUAACGUUUUAUCAUUUACAAAUCAACGAGAUACAAAACAAGAUAAUGGACGUGUACGAGCGAUGCCAACGGGAUUUGGUGGGGAAACUAGCCAAGAAUGAGAAAGAGUUGAAACGGGGCAAGGUGGGGAAAGUAUCUCAUACAGGGAGCAAUGGAAACAAAAGCAACAGCAGCAGCAGCAGCAGCAGCACGAGUGCUAUCAGCAAUGGUGCUGGUGCUGCUGGAGCGACAACUCACAGUGUUCUCAGCACACCUGCAGCCUCUACUAGCACAACCACUAAUAACUCGAGUAAAGUAGACUACAUGAAAUCGCGUCGUGGCAAGAUCUUGGCGAUGUACAGAGAUACUGUGAUAGCAAAGCUUGAAUCGUUUGAACAAUUCAAAGAAGUGUUCAGUUCGUUUGAAAAAGUGAACCAUAACGAAGUCAUCAAGAUGGAAAACGAUUUAAAGAAGUUAAAGACGCUCCAUUUGAACAAUCUAAUAGAUUUACAAUGGAACUUACAAAAUUGUGUCACCAACGGUAUAAUGAGUAUGGGACACGAGGAUACGAACCGGGUAUUACUAGCACAAGAUGAAUUAGACAUGACAAUCAAUUUUGUCAGAAAUGCCAUGGACAAUUAA